CCCCUGAACCGUAUAUAUUCCAAAACUCUCCUUGUUUCGUUCGCACCCUCCCUGCCUCCCUCAUCAUCGUUUUGCCUACUCUACGGCUUUAUACUUUCUCAGCACCGAAACGAAAGCCUGGUUCUACCGCACCGUCGGAUAUCCACAUCCCCCGGUUAAACAUGGUGUCGGACGCAAGCAAGAAGAAGGCAGCUCAGAAGAAGGUUGCGGCUGCCGCCAAGAGAGGUGGGAAGGUCGCCACUUCCUCUAAGGCCAAGGCCUCGGACUCACAGAACGGAGGUGUUGACAAGGUGUCCAACGGACUUGCGGCUUUCCAUAUAUCUGAUCGGACAUGCACGGGCGUGCUCUGCUCGCAUCCACUAUCUAGGGAUAUUAGGAUCGAGUCUUUAUCGGUUACUUUUCAUGGACAUGAUCUCAUUGUUGAUUCAGAACUCGAACUGAAUUAUGGCAGACGUUAUGGGUUGCUUGGGUUAAAUGGAUGUGGAAAGUCAACUCUUUUAACGGCAAUAGGAUGUCGCGAGCUUCCUAUACCAGAUCACAUGGAUAUUUAUCACCUCACCAGAGAGAUUGAAGCUUCUGACAUGUCUUCACUUGAGGCUGUCAUAAACUGUGAUGAGGAGAGAUUGAAGUUGGAGAAGGAAGCUGAAGUUUUGGCAGCACAGGACGAUGGUGGAGGAGAGGCCCUGGAGCGUCUGUAUGAGCGUUUGGAGGCCAUGGAUACAUCGACUGCUGAGAAACGCGCUGCUGAAAUUUUGUUUGGGCUUGGUUUCAACAAAGAGAUGCAGGCAAAGAAAACACGUGAUUUUUCUGGUGGCUGGAGAAUGAGGAUUGCAUUAGCACGAGCUUUAUUUAUGAAUCCGACAGUUCUGUUGCUUGAUGAGCCUACCAAUCAUCUUGAUUUGGAAGCUUGUGUCUGGUUGGAGGAGAUCCUUAAGAAAUUUGACCGCAUUUUGGUUGUGGUAUCACACUCCCAGGACUUCCUGAAUGGUGUCUGCACGAAUAUCAUACAUAUGCAAAAUAAGAAAUUGAAGCUCUACACGGGUAACUAUGAUCAGUAUGUUCAGACUCGUAGUGAACUGGAAGAGAAUCAGAUGAAGCAGUACAAGUGGGAGCAGGAGCAGAUUUCUUCCAUGAAGGAGUAUAUUGCUCGUUUUGGGCACGGGUCGGCAAAACUAGCUCGACAGGCACAGAGCAAAGAGAAAACUCUUGCAAAAAUGGAGCGGGGUGGUCUCACUGAGAAGGUGGCCAGAGACAAAAUUCUGGUCUUCCGUUUUGUUGAUGUUGGGAAGCUCCCCCCUCCAGUCCUUCAAUUUGUUGAAGUAACUUUUGGUUAUACACCUGAGAAUCUCAUUUACAAGAAUAUUGAUUUUGGGGUGGACUUGGAUUCAAGAACAGCACUGGUUGGACCCAAUGGUGCCGGGAAGAGUACAUUGCUGAAGCUUUUGACAGGGGAUUUGGUUCCUCUUGAUGGCAUGGUUCGGCGUCAUAAUCAUCUGAGAAUUGCUCAAUACCAUCAGCACUUGACUGAGAAACUUGAUUUGGAACUGUCCGCCCUUGUGUAUAUGAUGCGGGAAUACCCAGGAAAUGAGGAAGAGAAGAUGAGGGCUGCUAUUGGGAAAUUUGGACUCACUGGCAAAGCCCAGGUGAUGCCAAUGAAGAAUCUGUCUGAUGGACAGAAGAGCCGGGUGAUCUUUGCAUGGCUAGCAUACAGGCAACCUCACUUGCUACUUCUGGACGAACCAACUAAUCAUUUGGAUAUCGAGACAAUUGAUUCACUGGCUGAGGCAUUGAAUGAAUGGGAUGGAGGCAUGGUUCUUGUUAGUCAUGAUUUCAGGCUUAUCAACCAGGUCGCUAAGGAGAUCUGGGUGUGUGAAAAUCAAACCAUCACCCGGUGGGAGGGUGACAUCAUGGAUUUCAAGCGGCACCUUAAGAGUAAGGCUGGUUUGUUUGAUUAAGCCAGAUAGGAGGAGUUGAGAUUAUAAUACUUCUCACUUCUCAGUGUGCUGCACCAUGGCCUAGAAGCCCACACCACCGCCAUGUAGGGAAUGGAUUACCACAUCUGGAGGAUUUUUAUAACCCGGGGUGGAUUACGGUGAAUAGCUGAAGGGUAGUGACGAGUGCUGAAUGGGAGGCUAUGGUAAAUGUUUGGAGCUGACAGAUCACAUUAUCAUCUGCUCUGUGACUGUCAGUCCUCCAUGGUUUUGUUGUUCUGAUAUACUUUUUAGGUUUGUUCACAUAACAUAUUCUUGGUUGUUGACCAAGGUGAUAUGAACAAAUAUUUAUUUAGGAUCGGAUGAUGAUACCCUCUCUAGACCGCCUGUCAGUUAUAUUUUGAUGAUAUUUAGAAUUGGUUGUUGGCACUAAGCAUGUUUAUUUUAUUGAACUAAUAAAGAUUUUAAUUAAAAUGGAGGUCUCUUUUCUUUUA